AUGUCAAAUUACGGACUUGCAAUUAAAGUCGCCAAUGCGAUUUUGUUUCUGACUUUGUUUGGGGGUUAUUUGUAUUCGACUUUUAAGUUUGGAAAGCUUCCGUAUCACGACGAUCCAACACUCGGAAAUCAUCCAACAAUAAUCACUCCUGCACCAUUCUCGUUUUAUAUUUGGCAUCUAAUCAGGUUUCUCUUUUUUGGUUUUAUAAUUUACCAAUUUUUCCCCGAUGCAAAUGACGUAGUUGUCAAUGGGAUCAAAUGGCAUUUUCUCGCAUUCGGUAUUCUAAAUAUGCUCGCAGUGCAAUUUUGGGUCAAAGAUGAUCUCAGAAUUUCCUGGCUCAUUACCGUGAUGCUUCUCUCACAAAUCUCAUACGUCUACUUACGCAUACGAAACGAAUUUCCCGCAAACACAUUAUUGGACAAGGUUUUUAUUCACGCACCAUUGACGAUAUAUCAUGCAUGGACUGUGGUAAUUUUGGUGGUUACUUCCUUCGCUGCAUUUAUUCCAGAAGAUAACGAAAAACACCCAGAUGAGGGGGGAAGACAAACUGGUCUGAUGCUUUAUCUUUUGGUAUUUGUGGCAUUUGUGGUGUUGGAGGGUGCUGUGGGCGUAUACAUUUUAUAUGGAAAUGGAGAUGCGUUGGGUGGUCUUGUUAUCGGGUGGGCGUUUUUCGGUAUUUCACAGGGACAACGUGAGGAUGAGUUGAUUCAUGUAUCGGCUAAAGUGUUUGCCAUUUUUGCGAUUGCAUAUUCCGCGAAUCCUUUGAUUCAAAAGUUCACUGGAACCGGAUACAGGAGAAACAAUGAAAGUGCUCCUUUGUUAGGCUAG